UAAACAACCGCUGACGGAAUAGCACACGUCACAUCAUAACAGACUGAAUCGACUCACAUAUGAUCACUUAUAUUUUUCACAAUCGAUUCGACUUUUACGCAUUAUGUUCUCUAAAUAAACAGCGUGUAAUUUCACAAUACUGCUACGUCUCCGAGUAGAUAACCACACCCCGGACCCUUCGAGAUAUUUUUAGCGCUGAUGAUGUCCGCUGUCAUCUAACGUAACGGAAAGAUCGUCCCGGGAAUCAAACGAGAGCGAGCAUACGUACCCGUGCGCGCCCGCAUUGAGGAUCGCUUUAUUUACCAUGAAGACGGAACGGGGUUUUAUAAUAUGGACAGCGAUGCUCCUUUAUGGGUUAUCUGUUAUAAAAGGUCAAACAUCAAACGUUCCCCCAGAUGUGAGCUCCAUCACUGCUCUUAAUGAAGUCAUUCCUACUGAUCAUGUGACUUUAAAAAGUGUUUAUUUGGAAUCACAAUCUUUAGCCUAUCAAAAUAGCUCCCUGUCUCCUUCUCCAAAACCUGAGAUCACACCUACGGCUUCUCCUCCAUCACGAGCAAACAGCGAGACUGCAGUGCACGGUAACAUCUCUGCAUCACAAACACCUGAGCUGGAAGAUGUCACCACCCUCAUGAUGGAGGCAGCCUCAGCACCAGCUUCUUCUGCAAGCAGCUCAUCACUCUCUCAAGUGGAGAGCACUUUUUCAGAAUCAUUAGUCACCACAGCUCCUGCAACAUCCAUCAAUUCAAGUGAAGGACGUCAGAUGUUUUCUCUAACCAGUAGUGUGGUGCAGAAGACACAAACAGCUGUACCAGUCACAACCUCUUACCCAGCAUCUCAGUUUGCUCUGACUGGGAGUUCAAAGGUCACUGGCCCUGCUCCACUGGAAGAUGAACCUUCUGAAUUGGAUGUAGGGGAUGAAGAUUCAGGCAAAGUUCCACAUCGUCCAGCCUCCCCGCUAGAUCCCCUGCUCGCUGCUCUGGUCUCCAUUUUCAUUAUUUGCACCGCUAUGGUGUCAGCAAUCCUUUUCCUCAGGUUCCGCCAAAGGAAUGAGCAUCCAGAGUUUCAUCGGCUUCAAGACCUUCCUAUGGAUGAUCUCCUUGAAGACACCCCAUUGUCAAGAUACAGCUAUUAGUAGGAGAGAACUUAGGGACACUGAUUUAUUAUAUAGUAUGGUCGCUCAGGCACCCUGUAGAGUAAUUCAGUAAAUGUAAAUCAGUUUUUCUUAAAUGAUCCACUACUGAUCUAUGAUCAGACGUGUUUAAUGCUUCUCAGGUGGUAUGUGUUGUGCAAAUAAUGCUAGUCAUAAAAUGCCUUAAUGCUAAAAUUUGGUAUCAUAAUAUAAAAAAAGACAGAACAGGAUGGAACAUAUUUACAGGAAUUAUGCUGAAAACUGAUAAAGGUGUAAAUAUAUGCUGAUAGUGAUAGAAAAUUAAAAAACUUAAUAAUAAACCUAAAUCAAAAAUAGGCAUAGUCCUUUAAUUUCCUGCCAACCAAUCAGAAGUGGUAGCCCUCAGCAAUAUCACAAGGUUUGGAAUUACAGAAAUUGCCAAAAAUGUGAUAUUUAUGGAAGUUGUGAUCAAAACAUGAAAUAUUAAUCAACAGUUCUCUUCUUCACAUUUGUCAGAAGCUACAGUACGGUUGAUUGCAUAGACAUUUACAACUUUGGUGAAUUCAUUUAUUUUUUAGACAGAUCUACACAAGGAUGCCAGGAUUCAAGAAAAAUGUCUUUGAACUAUUGCAGUCUUAGAGCUAUGUUGUAGUGCAGUGUGCAAAACAGAAUCAAUUUAUUAAAAUUGUUUGACAUUGUUCAGAAUGAGUAAAAUGUGGGGGUCAAACUGAAUUGUGGUCUUGAUAUUACUGAUAAAGUUUAUUAGAUCUUAUAAAGGUUUAAAGUAGUUCAAAUAACUCGACAUUAAUUUUAGCAUAAUUACUGAUGUUUACUCUGGUAUUUGUGGUAAAUCUAGUGCCUAAUGUACUUUGUGCCAAAACUAAUUUACGGUAAUAUAUAUUGCACUGUUGUGUUGUUGAGAUUAACUUGUUAAAUCUCUAGUAAAAUGUUUGUAAUAAAAAAGGAAAGACUUUUU